AGAUUUUCCAACUUCGCAACGAUAUCCCCAAGAACACCGCUACAAUGGCAUUGCUCGUAGAUAAGCACCGCCCGCGGAGCCUGGAAGCACUCAGCUAUCACUCAGACCUCUCUGAGCGCCUGAGAGCUCUUGCACAGAGCGGUGACUUUCCCCACCUGCUCGUCUACGGCCCCUCUGGAGCAGGCAAGAAAACACGCAUCGUCGCCACCCUCAAAGAGCUCUACGGCCCCGGCGUCGAAAAGAUCAAAAUCGACGCGCGCGUCUUCCAAACCACGUCGAACCGCAAGCUCGAAUUCAACAUUGUCGCCUCCGUCUACCACCUCGAAAUCACGCCCUCGGACGUCGGAAACUACGACCGCGUCGUCAUCCAGGACCUGCUCAAGGAAGUCGCGCAGACACAGCAGGUCGACCUCGGCGCGAGACAGCGCUUCAAGGUCGUCGUUAUCAAUGAGGCGGACCACUUGACACGGGAUGCGCAAGCGGCGCUGCGCAGGACGAUGGAGAAGUAUAGCCCGAAUUUGAGGCUCAUUCUGCUGGCGAACUCGACGAGUAAUAUUAUUGCGCCGAUUCGCAGUCGCACGUUGCUUGUGAGGGUUGCGGCGCCGACGGAGGGGGAGAUUUGCGGGGUGCUGAGGGUGGUGGGGAAGAAGGAGGGGUGGAAGGAGGUGGAGGGGCUGAACAAGAGGAUUGCGAGGGAGAGUGGGCGGAAUUUGAGGAAGGCGUUGUUGAUGUUUGAGGCGGUUCAUGCGCAGAACGAAACCGUCACAGACUCGACCCAUAUCCCACCGCCCGACUGGGAAGCCCUCAUCGCGCAAAUCGCAAACCAGAUCGUCGAAGAACGCAGUCCAGCGCGGUUACUGCAAGUCCGCGCCUCGCUCUACGAUCUCCUGUCGCACUGCAUCGACGCAACGACCAUCAUAAAGACGCUGACGUGGAAGCUGAUACCCAAGACGGACGACGCGCUCAAGCCGGAGGUGAUCAAGUGGGCGGCCUUCUACGAGCAUAGGUGCAGGACGGGAAGCAAGGUCAUCUUCCAUCUCGAGGCUUUCGUCGCAAAGUAUAUGCGCAUAUACGAGAGUUUCCUCAUGGGUGUUGAGUUUGACUGAGCAGGAGGCCACAAGGCUAUCAAGCACAGAUGUAUCGGAAAUUUCAGUAAAUGUCUGGCAGGAAGGCGUUGAGGGAGUUCAAUUGUUGAGACGGUCCGCGUCCAGCCAUUCGAGGCGUUCGCUAGUUGACGUCAUCCCAUAGCAUAGCUUCCCUCGCUCUCCAACACCUUUAAGCUCAACAACACAAACCACAUCAAUUGAUCCUGUAACAUCC